GCAUCGAUUAGUUUUUCUAUCGAAUACACAUCGAUUUUCGACUCCACUGGUCACAGCUGUCACUGCCGUUUAUAUAACCUCAAACCUUAAAAUAUAUUUAAUUCCGGACCCCGGUUGAUUUGCAGAUUGUUCACUGAAAUUCACAAGAUGUCCGAUUUUGACGUUUCCGGCAACGACAAGGAGCUGCAGGAGUUCCUCAUGAUCGAGAAAGAGAAGGCGCAGGUCAACGCGCAGAUACAUGAGUUCAACGAGAUCUGCUGGGAGAAGUGCAUCGGGAAGCCGAGCACCAAGCUGGACCACGCCACCGAGACGUGCCUGAGCAACUGCGUCGACCGCUUCAUCGACACAUCGCUGCUUAUCACCCAGCGAUUCGCUCAGAUGCUCCAAAAACGCGGCGGCGGCGACCUGUAGAGGUGUCCACAUCCCCGACACCGGGAUCUGGAUAUCUGAUUCCGAGGGGCUUCCGCCACUACUGUCCUACUGUUAAAGCUAUUUCUAAACAAAAAAUUAUCAUGUAAGCACUUUUUUUUCCGCGCUGCGUUUCGCCGCUGCCAUCUGAAGAAUGUGACCCGCCC